UGUGAGCUCAGAGUGGAGGACAUGGAUUAGGGGAAGGAGGGGGGAGGAGAAGUUUCCUGUGUGUGUGGAGAGAGGACGCUGGUGCUGGGCUUGUUUUUCGCACAUCGGCUGCUUGUUUUUAUUUUAGAAUUAGCGACAUUGGACACAACACAUUUCAGUGGAGGCUGCGGGAGAGGAGGUGACGGUGACCGGCAGUGAGGUAAUUUAAGGAGCUGGAAUCCAACUAAUAAUAGAAUACAAGGCUGCAGAAAGAGACAAUGUGGAAAUGAAUCUUGUUUCCUGCUCUAGCCAACUAAAGAUAUAAUUUCUUCUUAAGCUUCUGAAUGGUUCAAAGAAACUAUUUUCAUUUUCUGGAUAGAAGUUUUUAACUUAUACAUGAUGAGUCUCACAGGAGAGAGACCACAUCUGUGCUCUGAGUGUGACAGAAGCUUUACAUGUAAAUCACAUCUUAUCAGACAUCAGAGGAGUCACACAGGAGAGAAACCAUUUACAUGUUCUGAAUGUAGGAAGUGUUUUUCCCAUAAGUCAUCUCUUGUUAUUCAUCAGAGGAGUCACACAGGAGAAAAACUAUUUACAUGUUCUGAAUGUAGGAAGUGUUUUCCCCAGAAGUCAUCUCUUGUUAUUCAUCAGAGGAGUCACACAGGAGAGAAACUAUUUGAAUGUUCUGAAUGUAGGAAGUGUUUUUCCAAUAAGUCGUAUCUUGUUAUACAUCAGAGGAGUCACACAGGAGAGAAACCAUUUACAUGUUCUGAAUGCAAGAAGUGUUUUCCCCGGAAAUCAGAGCUUGUUAUACAUCAGAGGAGUCACACAGGAGAGAAACCAUUUGAAUGUUCUGAAUGCAAGAAGUGUUUUCCCCUGAAAUCAGAGCUUGUUAUACAUCAGAGGAGUCACACAGGAGAGAAACCAUUUGAAUGUUCUGAAUGUUGGAAGUGUUUUUCCCAGAAGUCAUCUCUUGUUAUUCAUCAGAGGAGUCACACAGGAGAGAAACUAUUUGAAUGUUCUGAAUGUAGGAAGUGUUUUUCCAAUAAGUCAUAUCUUGUUAUACAUCAGAGGAUUCACACAGGAGAAAAACCAUUUACAUGUUCUGAAUGUAGGAAAUGUUUUUCCCGGAAGUCAGUUCUUGUUAUACAUCACAGGAGUCACACAGGAGAGAAACCAUUUACAUGUUCUGAAUGCAACAAGUGUUUUACUAGAAAGAAAACACUCAGUAAUCACAUGCAGAGUCACUCUGAGGGCCUGAAUGCAGCUUGUGUAUCAUAAGUAAUGUAACUUAUCACAACUGUAUGAAUUCAAUGGAGACAAUAUUUUUUUUCUGAAUGUGACAAGUGUUUUAUAUAAAUGACUCUUGAUAAAGACAGGAGAGGUCAGACAAGUGGACCUGGAGGUACUUUUCCCCUUGGGAAGGUCUCUGUGUUAGGAACUAGAGCUGCAGUAUAACAAUAGCCAAUGACCGUGGGACUGCCAUUACUGAGCUCUGUAAUAUACAGCUGUUCUGCUCAUGCAGGUGCUGGGACUAGUAGAGACUUCCAGCAGCUCCUCUCAGUACUGGGAUUCCUUCUCUGACCAGCAGGGCUAUGAGUGCUGGGUAUUUCUACAGGAACAAUGUAUGCUGUUCUGUUUCACCAUAUGGGUUAUAUUUACUAAAUAUCAGUUUUUCAAAGCCACUGAUUCUCGCUGUCUAUGAUCGCUGGAUGAUAAAGGGCAGUAAUAAUACAUGUAAAUUCAGGCUUGUUUUGCUUGUAUUUCUAUUGCCCUUUAUAUCCAGCACACAAAUGGAGUGAAAAUCUCUGGCUUUCAAAAAAACUAUGUGUAGUAACUACAGUAUACCCGCUACAGGUCUUUCCUCUGGUCUCUAUACCUCCGUGUUCUUUCUCUAAUACCUUUUAUAUUACGACUAUUACUGUUUAGUAAAAUGGUGCAAGUAAAACACUGGUCAUCUGUAUCCCAUAGCAACCAAAUUAUAACACUUGUUUGUUUGCUGGCACUAGACAGCUAAUAGCUGAUAUAUGGUUGCUAUGGGUUACAGCACAUGCUUGCUUUCCACAUCAUGUAACUAAAUAAGUUCCAAGUUGUGCGCAUUGGGCCUAAUUCAGAUCUGAUCACAGCAGCAAAAUUGUUAGA